GAUUACAGAUGGCAAUAUUAAGAACGGGCCACACAGGCUUGAGGUUUUAAUGGCGAAGAGUUAAUACUGCGGAUUUACCUCGACUAUUUAAAAGCCUUUCCUCCAAGUUGCGUCAAGUACAGAUCCGAUUGGCGGCGAGCAGACAGGAUAAUUCAAUACGGAUUGGAGGACUUUUGUGAGCUGCUCGGCUUGAUGGCGGCUGCAGAGGUGGAGCAUGAUGUUGUGAGGGAACAGGAGCAGAUCCUAAAGGCCAUGAGUUCAUCACAGCGAGGGCGGAUGGAAGAACAAGGUCCCACUCAAACCACACCUAAAGAGUCGAGCCAUAACUCGGACCACCACAUGCAACCGCGACCCUUUGCGGAUCAGCAGGAGGCGAGAGGUUUUACACAUCACGGCUCGGCGCCUCAGAUCUCGCUGACCGAGAGCACCCCGGAUAUGCAUAGGAAGCUGCUCUUGUUGCCAGGCAACCAACUCCAGGUCCCCGGGGAGCAGGACCGCGCCAACACCGUCAUUGUGAGGUCAUUGUGGGUUGUCAGGUGAUGAUUAUGCAACGUGAGAGCUAAUUGUUGGGUCCAACAGGCCAGCCACCCGAGGAAAAGCAGAAGUUGAUGAACCUCAUCAGUCACGGGCAACGUGGACGCAUGGAGGACCCAGUGCUGCUUCAUGGAUCCCAGUCAGAGCGCCCCCUGCAGCCCCAGGCACACUAACAGGAAGCCUCUUGCUGAUCCAUGCAACAGAGACUCCGACAUGUUGUUCAACUUAUUGGCCAACACUCAAAGUCACCGCCUUGAUGACCAGCGAGUGUCUCUCCCGUCGCUUCCUGGCAUCGACACCAAGGAUCAUCCAUCGGCCUCAGAUUCAAGCUACUUGUGCUACAUGGUCUCCAAAGUUCAGGGGACCAGAAUGGAAGAUCAAAGGUGCUCCUUACCUGGAAUCCAGUCUGCAGCAUCAUCCAAAAAGGAUCAGGCUGCUUCAGGCAUUCCACGCUCGGCCUCCUUCAGUCCGGGUUCAGACGCAGAACGCCCUAAGAUCCAAGUUAAGACGUUCCCCAAAAAGGAGCUGAUUCCAGCUGAGCAGGACGGGUUUCUCACCAUGAUGCGUCACGCCCAGCGAGGGAGGAUGGAGGAGCAGAGAUGUGUCCUGAAUGUCAGUCCACAGUUGACACCUGAUCAUAAGCCCACCCAGAGCACUGUACCCACAGGACCAAAUUCCGACCAGUUCUUCAAAAUGCUGGCCAACUCCCAAGCCAAACGUCUGGAUGAUCAGCGUGCGUGUCUUCCACCUUUGCCGGGGAUCCAGAACGAAGGCACCUCCAUUGCCGUAGGAGCGGACACAAGUUAUUUGUGUUACAUGGUCUCCAAAGUUCAGGGCUCCCGGCUUGACGAUCAGAGAUGUUCUGCACCUCAUAUCCUUAAAAAUUUGUGCACCCCAACCUUCCAGCGCAAGGCCUGCAACACUUCUAAAGAACCUGAUAAAACUGGCCCCCCAAACCAGGACAAAAAGGAUCAGCAGCCACAGAUCUCUCUGGCCAAUCAGCUGCAAUUUAGUAAAAUGUUAAGUCAUGCUCAGAAAGGCCGCAUGCAGGACCAGCGCUGCUCUUUACAGCAGAGCCGAAGCACACCUGCCACACCCACACACAGCCACAGCUCCCCAAAUGAAGUAGCAGCAGGUGCAGAAGCGGACGCUUUAUUCCGUAUGGUGGCCAGCUGUCAGGCCGGCAGGCUGGAUGAGCAGAGAGUCACUCUUUCCUCCCUGCCGGGGAUCAGUGGGACGCCGGCAAAGGGAAAACAUGACCAGAGUCAUGUCAAAACUGUUCAUGCACCAAUUAUAACUGUGGCUGAAAGUACACCACCGAUAUCUAAAGGGGACAUUUUCAGAUUUCCUGAUGCUAAAUCGGGCUGCAACUUGACAAAGUCAGCAUCCUUCAACCCUGAGACAGAAUAUCAGAAGGGUCUUAAAUCCACAUCUCAGAUGACCGUGAAGGUCUUAAUGAGUUUCACACCACAGAUGGGCCAUAGGAACUUGAACCAGCAAUGCACCUUCCCAGAGGUCUACCUCACUCUUGGAGCUCCAGGAGAUAAUAUAGUAAUUCCUCUGAGCCCAAAACCCGGACGACCUGUGUGUUUGAACCUAAACCUUGUCCCGAAAGAAGACAUCAAGUCCACACACUCCUCGCCUAGGAAACCCGGCUCGAGACCGUCGUCUCCCCAGCCCAAAGCGGCUCAUAACGCCCAUCCUGGUCAUUCAGACUCUCUCGAACAGGGCAGAUCUGCAACGAGCCCUAUCAGUCCACAGGAAGACUGCUUCUCUCUGAUUGAAAAGGUCCACACGGCACAUCUUCAAAUGGGAACCACUCAAGGGGUACACAAAUGCAAUGGGGAUCCGGUCAAACAGAAGGGAAAUGGAAAAGCUGGUGGAAACAAAGCUAAGGAUGGGGGAAAUAAACACUAAAUGUUUUAUUUCUCAUUGUAAUUGGCCCGAAACAGUAUAAGAUAGAAAUGUAAGAAACCUAUUGUUGGACAAUGGCAAUGAAUUUACCUUUUAGUUUUACCAACCUAUCGAGUUCAAAGUCUUUUUGUUUUUUGUUAAACACCCAUUACACUCUAUGCCCUGCUCUAUUCAUUCUGCAUCAUCAUCCAUCCAUCUUCAAUACUGCUUGUCCUCUCCGAACAUGCAUGUUUUUGAGAGAUGAUACCAAAUGUAAUAUUGUAUUUGACCAACAACUCCCUGAAAACAAACAAACUGCAAAUGCAGAAGAGAAGAAGAUUUGACAUCAUGUAUUGUUAUCAAUAUGCCCUCUGUUUAUUUUAAAUUGUAGUUGACUAUGAUGUAGUUAUUUUUGAGUGUG